AUGACAGCAACGGAAGUUGCCCACGUCGGGGCCAUUGGCGACUCGAAGGACCGGUGGGAGGCAAUUCCCUGCCAUCCGCUGGGCGUCAAACCGAGUGGCAACGCUUUGGUUGCAACGUCGAAUCUCCGCGACGCAGUUGGAACCCUCAAUGCGCUGCCUGAUGAGCUUAUCUUGAUGUGCCUGGAAUUCCUCGAUGCGGCGAGUCUGUUGAGACUCGGCCGUACUUGCAAGGCAUUGUAUGCAUUCACACGCUCCGAGGAUUUAUGGAAGACCUUUCUUGUUGGGGAAUCUCGUCAGAAGCUGGUUUGGCGGGGGACGUGGCGGGCUACCUUCUUAAAUCUAUCGCCAUCGCAAAUUCCAACAAUAGACUGCUCAGCCCUGUUUUCUGAUGCUCUUCACCGGCCCUUUUAUUGUGCGCACAUAGCCCUGGAGCCGUAUGUCACGGGCAUCCCUUCUCACAAUCGAAUCCCUCGGCUCGAGGACCUGUCGGCGGAGGAGUUCCAAGAAAAAUGGACUGACCGACCGUUCAUUUUGACCGGGCCAGUGAAAGAGUGGCCAGUCUAUCGGCAGUGGUCUACAGACAAACUUCUAGACAACUACAGCAGCACAGUCUUUCGUGCAGAAGCUGUAGACUGGCCUCUGAAUACCUACGUAGACUACAUGAAGAACAAUGCUGACGAAAGCCCGCUGUAUCUCUUCGACCGCAGCUUUGUCUCAAAGAUGGACCUCAAAGUAGGGCAACCGUCAGUUAUACCCGAUGCCGCGUACUGGCCACCGCCGUGCUUUGGGGAGGAUCUCUUUGCUGUCCUCAAAUCGGAUCGGCCUGAUAGCCGCUGGUUGAUCGUAGGGCCUGAACGGUCAGGAAGUACGUUUCACAAAGAUCCAAACGCAACGAGCGCAUGGAAUGCCGUGAUACGUGGCUCCAAGUAUUGGAUUAUGUUUCCAUCUUCUUCGCCCCCUCCAGGUGUCUACGUCUCAGUCGACCAGAGCGAGGUGACAUCGCCUCUGAGCAUUGCUGAAUGGUUACUGGGGUUUCAUGCCGAAGCCAGACGCACACCUGGCUGCAUCGAAGGUGUCUGUGGAGAAGGUGAGGUGUUACACGUCCCAUCGGGCUGGUGGCAUCUGGUAGUCAAUUUAGAGCCUUCAAUCGCGAUUACACAGAAUUUUGUGCCUAGAGCGCAUCUAUCCGCGGCCCUGGAUUUCCUACAAAACAAAGCAGAUCAAGUCUCUGGGUUUCGUAAAAAUGUCCACGACCCUUAUUCGAAAUUUGUCGAGAAAAUGAGACAAUCGCACUCAGAGCUUCUAGAGGCAGCGCUUGAGGAAUUGCAAAAGCAAAAAGAAGGCAGGAAACGAAAAUGGAAUGAAAUUGUGCAUGCUCCUCCUGACAAUGGUGACCCGAGUGGAAAAACCGGCGAGUUCAGCUUUGGUUUCGGUGGUGAUGAUAGUGAUAUCGAAGUUCCUUGA